AUGGCAAACUCAUCAUCACCUUCAUUUAUCUCAAUCGUCGAUUAUAAACGUCCUUUUAAUAUUGACGUAAGCUCGAUUACUGAGUACUUUUGCUCGGUACUCGCUAGCGAUGGAUCUUUGGAUCGUGGAGCUUUACGAAACGGAAAUCUUCUCUUCAAAAACCAUUUUGUACAUGCCAUCGCUAUAAGUCGACGAUUUAUCGAAAUAACAGUUACCGCUAAAUGUCGUGCACAAAUGAAAAAAGCAGGGAACUAUCAAAUGAAAUUAAUCUUAAACAGCAAUCGUCCAGCAGAUAUUAUUCAAGCAACUUGUGAAUGUGUAGCUGGACACGGACCUAGAGCUGCAUGUAAACAUCUUGCUGCAUUAUGUUUCGGUUUGUUAGAUUACGAUGACAAGAAACUCUAUGAUGCAUGUACUCAAAGAUUACAAGAGUGGCAUCAACCUACUCGUCGAUCAACAAAUCCAGUACCUCUUUCAAGUAUUGAUUUUGGUUGUCUUCAACAUGAUACUACAGAACAACAGACUCCUCAAUAUGCAAAGUUUCUUAAAGAUUAUAUAUAUGUAUCUGGUGCACAAAGAGCUCUUCAUCAGUUGCUCAUUAAAUACAAUCAAGAUUUAAAUAUUGCUGCUUCAUUCUUUCUUUCACAGCAAGAACCAACUUCCUUCAUAGCCCUUCCAGGGCGUGUUGUAACUCAAACAUCAGUUUCAUUUGAUUAUUCUGUCGAUCUCUCCAUAGUCAAACAUUAUUAUGAUAACAUUCACCUUUCUUCUACUCAAAUAUCUAUCCUUGAGCAAGCAACUCGUGGUCAGUCAUCAUGUUCUCAAUGGCAUAAAGAAAGAAAAUUUCGUAUUUCAGGUACAAAUGUUUAUUCAAUUUGUGUUGAAAAACAUCAUUUUCAAAAGCUCGCAAAGUCUAUACUGAAAGAUAAAGAUCAAGAUCUUUCUUCUAUUCCUGCCGUUCGACAUGGAAUAUUGAACGAAGAAAUAUGUCGUCGUCGAUAUGUACUUGAACAAACCAAAAAUCGAGAAAAAAUCUUAUUUACUGAUGAAAAUAAAUUCGAAUUAGGCGGCAUUUUCAAUCGCCAAAAUGACCAUGUUUAUGCUCCCUCUCGACACGACACUGAUGAACACAAAGGAGCAAAGCCGACGGCCAAGUUUCCAAAAAACCUUAUGGUAUGGCUUGCGGCAUCAAAAAAUGGUCUUUCACUUCCAAUUAUUUUUGAGCCCGGUGAAACGCUAACGCAUGAAAAAUAUGUUGACAUCAUUUUGCCACAUGCACGAGCUGAAUGUCAACGAUUAUUAGGGGAUGAUUUUAUUUAUCAACAAGAUAAUGCAACAUCACACAAGCAUAAAGUUUCGAUAGCGUAG